AUGAAUUUUUCCAGGAAUCUCAACACAUUGAAUCUCAAUGGGAACCAAUUAGAAGGUCAGUUGCCUGCAUCUCUGUCCAACUGCAAAGAUUUGAUGGAUUUGAAUCUCGGCGACAAUCAGAUAGAGGAUACAUUUCCACAUUGGCUUCAAAGUUUGAAUUUGGAAAUAUUGUGGCCAAUUACCAAAAGGUUUCCAAGCCAUGAAGACUGCUGUUGGAGCAGAAGUGCAAAGCAGCUUCUAUUACAUCCAAACUGGUUAUGGCGUUUACUAGGCUCCAUUGACCUAGAAUACGAUGAUUCUGUGACUGCAACACUGAAAGGGCUUAGAACCAAUCUUGAGAAAAUUCCAAAUGUCUUUGUAAGUAUUGAUUUAUCAAAUAACAGAUUUGAAGGAGAGAUUGCAGAUGAUUUUGGAGAACUUCAUGCACUUAUAAGCCUUAACCUUUCCCAUAACAGCCUCACUCCUGUUCCUCACUCUCUAGGAAAUUUGACAAACCUUGAAGCAUUGGACCUCUCCUCAAAUUUGCUUACAGGGAAAAUUCCUGAUGAGUUGACCAAUCUGAUCUUUCUUGAAGUCUUGAAUCUUUCCAGCAACCAUCUUGAGGGAUCAAUACCUCGAGGAAAGCAGUUUGAUACAUUUUCAAACGAUUCCUAUGAGGAAAACAUGGGGCUAUGUGGAUUUCCAUUGUCAAUUGAAUGCAACAACAAUGUCCCUCAACAGCAAUAUCCAUUUUCUGAGGCUGAAGACAAGUUUGGGUUUGGUUGGAAACCAGUGGCAAUAGGAUAUGCAUGGGGAAUGGUAUUUGGAAUUGGCUUGGGAUGCUGUGUUUUCUCAAUUGGAAAACCUCAAUGGCUUGUUAUCAUCUUUGGAGGCAAAAGAAUUAAAAGGAGGAGCCGUGGAAACCGGCGUGCAAGAACAACUUAGUGGCCACAGCUUCUGCAUGAGAAAUCUGUUUCAGGUUUUUGUUGUAACAUAAAUGUGCAAUAAUUAAGUUUGUAUGUUAUGCUGCUGUGUCUUUUUAUAUUUCGUUUUGAGGCUUUA